AUGCAUGUUGGAUCGAACAACCUUUGCGAUGGAUGGCCCAACAGGGUAGGGGCGUCUGCCUUGGCGCUUCUGGUAUCACUAUCGUAUUCAUUGAUAUUAAGUUGUGGACGAUCAUCUGGAGACAACUCUGAUAUUGCAACAGACAUUGACACUACGGAAGAUUCCGACGGCGACGAUGCUGUUUCUUUGGGCUUACAAGAUGUUCCCGAGAUCAGGGAAUCGGGAGCUGCGGUGGAAGCAUGA